AUGCCUGUUCACGGGCGAGAACGGGAGAGAAAACGUCGGCGACGCCGUUCCGAUAGCGAAGAUGACGACAGCGUUUUCACAGGAUGGAAACUUGGUUUGGUUGUGGGUGUAAUUGUCAUUUGUUUUGCUAUGCUCUAUCCAACACUAAUUCAUCCAAUGCUCAUGAGCCUAUUGGGUCGAUCACCACCUCCGCCACCAGCUGUCCCUUCACGACCGCCAAUUCAUCCCGGAAUGGGUGGCCCUGGUGGAGGCCGACCUGGUGGUCCGUCACGGCAUGAUGUUCAUCCCGCUAUGCGGAUGGCUCAGCAGCAGGCUGAAGCACAGUCGAGCGGCCGAGGAUCUUUCACGUGGAUGCUACCCCUAUACACCGUAGGAGUGGUGAUCUUCCUCCUUUACACUUUAUUCAAGUCAAAAGGCAAGAGGAAGAGACGAUCUCGUUACGGCUCAUCUGAUGAAAGCUCUGAUGAUGACGACGUGUACAACAGCCGACUUAAAAAGAAAAUCGGCAAACGAAAACUCCGCAGUCUCCAAGAACGACUACAACAAACUGAAGAGGCGAUGAGCAAGAUUUUAGAGCAACUAGAAGCUGUUCAAGCAGCGGGAGCUCUUGCCGAAGGUGAACUGCCAAAGAAAGAUGUACCGAGUGAAGGCAAAGAAGAUCAGAAAACGGAAGGUGCAAAUGAGGUGAAUCCGAAAAAUGAGCAAUACAUCAACGAUUUGGAAAAGGCUCUCAGAGAUUUCAAGAUUUUAUCGGAAGCUUAUGAAGAUGAGAAAAGCCUCCGUCGACAUGGGUCCCAUUCUCAAUCAGAGGAGGAUGAAACGAGCUCAGAAGAGUUAAACUCAGGGUCGGACGAAGACGAGGAGGAGGACGAGGAAGAAGAACCCACAAAGGACUCUGGUAAAAAGAAGAAAAGAUCGAAAGAUUCUGAAGAAGAGGCUGAGGACGCUUCAGAAGAGGAGCUACUGAAGGAGACCAAAGGCAAAUCGGCAAACCACAACGUCAAAGAGAACACGCCACCGGCUGAGUCCACAAUUACGUCAAAGGAAUCCACAAAAUCAGCAAAACAAGUACGACGACGACCGAAAAAAGUCUAA